GCGAAAUGUUGCCGGUGGACUCGGAACUCCCGCCAUUUUUCAACCAGGAUUUCACCCUCCGUGUUUGUUUUCUUACCUUUUAGAAUCCACCCCACAUAGUCAUGCAUCUGCUCGAACACCUGAGAGGAUACUGAAGCCAAGACUGAAACCUCACCUUAUAGGGAAAGCCGAGUCAAGAUAGCUAGACCGGACCGUGAGAAAGCGCGCCAGACCCCCUAACUAGCGCCUCCGCUGCUUCCAGACUCCAGUCAGGAUCGCCGCUCUAUCCCCACCGCCUCUCUGAGGAGCCCUUUACGCGCUGCUAACCGAGGACUCCGAGUGUCAGAUUGAGGACACACGUUGCAUAUCUGCUUUACAUCGAUCCAGGACUGUAACAACCCCGGCUCGCCGAGAUGGGUAGUUAGCUUGUAGCAGGCUACAUGUGUGUUAUUGUUUUGCAAUGAGGAUUAAGCCAACCGGCUAGCUAGCUGUAUGCAUUCCUUUCACAUUGUGUGCGCUGGAAACCCGGGAGCUACCGCGUGAUAUAAGAUACGGGAAUACAUGCUAAGGUCGUCUGGUAAUCUUACUUUGCAAUUUUGAACAAGAAGGGGGUUAUUUAGAUAUUCUUUGCCCCCUGACCUGCUCCUACGAUGGCACCGUUGUUGGGCCGGAAGCCAUACCCGCUGGUGAAGCCACUAGCAGAGCCUCCAGGCCCAGGGGAGGACAUCUACAUCAUCGAGCACACUAAGGAGGCCUUUCGGAACAAAGAUGAGUACGAGGCACGUCUGCAGAGGUACGGGGAGCGCAUCUGGACAUGCAAGAGCACAGGCAGCAACCAGCUCACGCACAAGGAAGCCUGGGAGGAGGAGCAGGAAGUCACUGAGCUACUCAAGGAGGAGUACCCGCCCUGGUUUGAGAAGCCGGUCCUUGAGAUCGUCCAUCACAACACGGUCUCUCUGGACAAGCUGGUGGACCAGGCCUGGGUGGAGAUCCUUACUAAGUACGCCCUGGAUGAGGAGUGUGACUUUCUGGGGGGUGUGUGUGGUGUGCAGUUGGGGAAGGACAAAAGCCUGCGGGUGAAGGUGGUGAAGGUGCACCCCCUGGAGAAGCCUGAGGAUGACGCCGCUGAGAAGAAGCUGGACGGGGCCUGCGACUCGCCCUCGAGCGACAAAGAGAACGCCAGCCAGGAGAACCAGAAGAAGCAGCCGCCGCCCAAGGAAGAGGAGAGCAGGAGGGACAGUCUCUGCGACAGGGCGCGUCGUUCACCCCGAAAGCUCUCUACCAACUUCAAGGAGGAGAAGAAGAGAUGGGUGAUGCCAAAAUUUCUGCCACACAAGUACGACGUCAAGCUGAUCAACGAUGCCAAGGUCAUUAGCAACGUCCCAGCAGACAGUCUGUUCCGCACAGAGCGCCCGCCCAACAAAGAGAUCAUGCGCUACUUCAUCCGGCACAACGCCAUGCGUCUGGGCACGGGGGAGAGCGCCCCCUGGGUUGUGGAGGACGAGCUGGUGAAGAAAUACUCCCUGCCAAGCAAAUUCAGCGACUUCCUGCUCGACCCACACAAGUACUUUGCUGAAAACCUGUCAGCCAAACGGAAAAGCCUGAGCUCGCCGGACGGACGGCCCACCAAGAAACCCAAAUCGACAGCAGGAGAGGCAAAGGUGCUGAACGAGAAGGGAGAAAAGAAUAAGGAGGAGGAGGAGGAGAAGAAAAAGAAGAAGAAGAAGAAAAAAAAGGACCAGCUCAACACGUCUCUAUGCCCCACCAUAUGGGACCACAUGCAGGUGAAGAAGAUAAAUGGCUCUCCCCUGAAGGUGAAGAAUUCUGGAACCCCCAAGAAACCAGCUGCUGGUGGAGAAAAGGACGACGCCACAAUCCACCUGACGCCUGUCUUGCAGAAGACCCCCAAGUCCAGCAAAAAGCCCGGUGACAAGAAGCAGACGGAGGCAAAGAAGAACAGGAAGAGCGGGACCAAGAACCUAAAUGGCCAGAAGGCCUCCAAGACGGAGGGGAAAGGGCCCAAAACGCCCAAGAUGAAGCAGAUGACCCUGCUGGACAUGGCCAAAAGCAGGACGUCCGCAAGCCCCAAGAAGAGGUCCAAGAGCACGGGGCCGGGCACACCAAAACUGGGCAAGCCCCUCCCGCCGAUGGCGCUCCACCUGCUGCGCUACUACAAGGAGAACAAGGGCAAGGAGGACAAAAAGAGCGCCCUGUCCUCUCUCAUCUCCAAGGCGGCCAAGGUGCUGACGGCGGAGGACCGGGGCCGGCUGCCCGAGGAGCUGCGGGACAUCGUGCAGAAGCGCUGGGAGCUGCUGGAGCACAAGAGGCGCUGGGCGGCCAUGAGCGAGGAGGAGAAGCAGGACGUGAUGCGCAAGAAGCGCGAGGAGAUCAAGGAGAAGCUGCGGGAGAGGGCCAAGGAGCGGCGCGAGAAGGAGAUGCUGGUCCGCCGCGAGCAGCAGCGCCGCUUCGAGGACCAGGAGCUGGAGGGCAAGAGCCUGCCCGCCUUCAAGCUGGUGGACAUGCCCGAGGGCGUGCCCAACGCCCUCUUCGGCGACAUCGCCAUGGUGGCCGACUUCCUCAAUUGCUACGCCGGCCUGCUGAUGCCCGACGACCAGUACCCCAUCACCGCCCCGGCGCUGAUGGAGGCCGUGGCCGCCGACAGGGGCGGCUUCCUGUACCUGAACCGGGUGCUGGUGAUCCUGCUGCAGACCCUGCUCCAGGACGAGCUGGCGGAGGGCUACAGCGAGCUGGACAUGCCGCUGUCCGAGAUCCCCCUCACCAUGCACUCUGUCUCGGAGCUGGUGCGCCUCUGCCUGCGGCCCCUGGACUCCCAGGGCGAGGGGAGCGGCUCGGAGGAGAGUUCCCUGGGCGGCUACAGCAACGCGGUGAGCGGCGAGUUCCUGGAGAAGCUGGAGACGGCGGAGGUGUUCGAGCUGACGCCGCAGGAGAAGGUGCGCCUGCUGGUGGCGCUGUGCCACCGCAUCCUCAUGACCUACUCGGUGGAGGACCACAUGGACGCCAUGCAGCAGCGCUCGGCCGAGCUGUGGAAGGAGCGCCUGGCCACGCUCAAGGAGGUCAACGACCGCAAGAGGGCCGAGAAGCAGCGCCGCAAGGAGGAGAUGGAGGCCAAGGGCGCGGCGGGGGGCUGGGUCAAGGUGGAGGGCGGCGGCGGCACCACCCCGGUCUCCUCGGGAAAGCCGGAGAAAAAGAAGGAGGGAAGUGGAAGGAAAGACGCCAGCAAGGCCAAGGCAGCACCGCCCCCCGCCGAACCCGAGCCGGAGGACAUGAUCAGCACCGUGAAGAGCAGGAGGCUCCUCGCCAUCCAGGCCAAGAAGGAGAAGGAGGAGCAGGAGAGGCAGAACAAGGAGCGGAUGGAGAAAGAGGCAGAAGAGGAGCGGGUCCGCAAGCAGAAAGCGGCUGCCGAGAGGGCCUUCCAGGAGGGCAUCAAAAAGGCCAAGCUGGUCCUGCGACGCGUCCCUCUGGGAACAGACCGCAACCACAACAGGUACUGGCUGUUCUCUGACGUGGUGCCUGGACUGUACAUAGAGAAGGGCUGGGUGCACGAGAGCUUCAACUACAGCUUCUCUCUGCCCCCCGAGGAGGUGAAGAAAGAAGAACCUGAGGAGGUGGAGAAGGAGGAGGAGGAGGAGUGCAGUGCAGAAAGCGCCCUGAAUGAUGACGGCCAGCAGGGGGCGCCGACUGCAUCCGAGAACCCUAUUGAAACUACCAUCCCAAAAAUGGGACAAAACCUUUGGUUUGUGUGUGACACGCCGCGGGAGCUGGAGGAGCUGAUGGAGAGCCUGCACCCGCAGGGUGUCAGAGAGAGCGUGCUGAAGAGCAGGCUGGAGUACAGGUACCAGGACGUCCUGCGCUCCAUCUACCUGGCCCGCAAGCCCAACCUGGGCCUGAAGACCUGCGACGGCCACCAGGAGCUGCUGAAGUACCUGCGCAGUGACAUCAUCGAGGUGGCCUCUCGGCUGCAGAAGGGCGGUCUGGGGUACAUGGACGACACCUCCGAGUUUGAGGAAAGGGUGAGGUCCCUUGAGAACCUGAAAGAUUUCGGGGAGUGCGUCAUCACCCUCCAGGAGAGCGUGAUCAAGAAAUUCCUGCAGGGCUUCAUGGCCCCCAAGCAGCAGAAGAAGAAGAAGAAGCAGGGAGGGGAGGAGAGCAGCAGGGCAGAGUACGUGGAUGAGGAGAAGAUGAUGGCGGAGGAGGCUAGGGUGGCGACAGCAGUGGAGAAGUGGAAGAGCACCAUCCGCGAGGCACAGACCUUCUCCCGCAUGCACGUCUUGCUGGGCAUGCUGGAUGCCUGCAUCAAGUGGGACAUGUCUGCAGAGAACGCCCGCUGCAAGGUGUGCCGCAAGAAAGGGGAAGACGACAAGCUGAUCCUGUGUGAUGAGUGCAACAAGGCCUUCCACCUGUUCUGCCUGCGGCCGGCGCUCUACUCCAUCCCCGAGGGCGAGUGGCUGUGUCCCGCCUGCCAGCCUGCCGUGGCGCGCCGCUGCACCAGAGGAAGAAAUUACAAUGAGGACACAGAUGAAGAAGAAGACACAGAAGAAGAGGAAGAAGAGGAGGAGGAUGAGGAAGAAGAAGAGGAGGAGGAGGAUGAUGAUGAGGAAAAUGACUUCAGGCCCAUUCGACAUAGUUUGAGAUCGAGGAAGGCCGCCAAGGGGAAGCGCUCCAAGGGCUCCAGCAAGCCGGCCCCCAAGAAGCAGACGCCCCCCAGCUCCAGGGCGAGCCGGCCGAAGGGCUCCCCCGGCAGCCCCUCUGACACGGACGAGCUGGUGCGCCAGAGCUCCAGGAGCCGGGUGAGCAGGCAGGAGCAGGACCUGGAGAGGUGCGAGGAGAUCCUCAACAAGCUGGUCAAGCUGCGCUACAGCUGGCCCUUCAGAGAGCCGGUGUCCCCCGACGAGGCGGAGGAUUACCUGGACAUCAUCUCCAGCCCCAUGGACUUCCAGACAAUGCAGCGCAAGUGUGCGGAGGGCCAGUACCGGCACAGCAGCGACUUCCUGGAGGACAUGAAGCUGGUGUUCUCCAAUGCCGAGGAGUACAACCGGCCCGGCAGCACCGUGCUCUCUUGCAUGGCCAAGACGGAGCAGAGCUUCGUGGAGCUGCUGCACAAGAUGGCACCGGGCCUCGCCUACCUCCGGCGCCGCACGCGCAAACGGGCCGGCCAGAACCAGCGCGGGGCGGAAGAGGAGAGCGAGGAGGAGGAGGAGGAGGAACACAAAACACAAAACGGCAGGCAGAGAAGGACCACAAAGCAGGACGAGGAGGAAGACGACGAUGACGAUGAGGAGGAGGAAGAGGAAGAAGAGGAGCGGAGCGGGCGCCAGAGCAGGAAGAGUCAGCACCGCGGUGCGCAGAGACGGAAGUACGAGGAGAGCGAGAGCGAGGAGGAUGAGAGCCGGGUGCGGAGGACCAGCAGGCGCGCGGCGGCCGCCUCCGGCCGCAAGGAUUACCGCGAGCAGGAAAGCGACAGCGAGCGGGAGGAGCGGCGCCGCGGGAGGGCGGACAGCGGCCGGGCGCGGCUCCGCAGGGGGGGCGAGGGGGACAGCAGCGACGAGGACAGGCCCGGCCAACGGCAUUCCAAACGGCAAAAGUGCUCCCCCUGAGAAACGGCCGCUUCCUCGGUGCUACUUACUCAUCGGCAGAUCCUGCCCCCUCGCACCCAGAA